UCAUGUAUCACAAGACCACCUUUCUAUUUAACAAAACAAAGUUGCAUUCAAUAUGUCGGAUCCGAGAUGGCGGACCAAAUUUUUGAAGUCAUAGUAAAGUAGUAUUUCCAGUUUAGUAGGAUCCCCAAUCACACCCACCAUGAAAUUACCUUUGUGUAUGAGAUAUUAAGCCGUUCUCGGACUUUUCACCCACACUCUGUUUAAUGAUUAUCAUUAGGUAGUGGAGAGCAAGGGAACCUAAUUCCAUCAAAUAAGUUUUAUUUUGAUUGAACUAAGUUGAUAUGUUAAAUGUAAGGUGAAUGUCGCAGUUCCUCAGUUCCAAUCCAGCCCAUGCGAAAGAGCCACUCGACCAACCUACUUUCAUACACCACAUUGCUGCAACACUCAGCCUCCCUGAUGUCAUUCGGCAAAUUCCUAUAAAUAGUUUGAAACAAUAAAUGCGGGGAUUGGAAUUUUCUAUCAUUCACUUCUUGAGAAUGGUACUGGCAGAACAUUUAUUGACUUUACAAUCACUCCUGGUUGUUUCAUAUCUGAUAUGAUAAUUUCGCUUGUACAGGUCAUAUCUAUUGCUUUUGGCGAGCAAAAAGACAGAAUGGAUGGAUUUUACAAUGUAUUUUUGAUGGUGCUCUAUGCAAUUUCUCUGAACUCUUUGAUGAAUAUUCUGACUCCAGAAGAUUAUGAUACUCCAGCUUGGUAUAGAAUCAUAACAGAGUCUAUUACAUCUGCUGUAGCCUUUCUUCUCCAUUUUUUCGAAAUAAUUUUGACAUGGAUAAAAUCUGAAUUGGGAAUGGAGCCGUCGCAUGCAACGAAUCGUCAAAGCAGAUCCAAACUAAACCGCUUCAUCCACACAAGAGCUGGACAUAUGAGGGUGUCUAGGUAUACUCAAACUUACAAAGAAGUAAGCUUCUAUGAUAUUCCAUUGGUUGAUAAUAAUGAAAAAUCUCUAGAUCACAUUGAAGUCUCAAAUCCCACUUCUCAAGGCGAUGAAAUAUUAUCAACAAACCAUAAGUUCGAGAAUGAUUCAAGUUGGAUCAAGGAAAUCGUUCUUGUCGAUUUAUUAUCUCCAUGGAACAAUGACAAGGGAGAAUUAUAAUUUCUCUAGAUUCAGUAUUGUCAGUUAAAAUUUGAAUUAAAGUCCUACGCUCUCUUUUG